AUGGUGGUCGUCGGCCAGCAGCUGCUGGCCUUGGGCCUGAACGGUGGCAUGAACAGCGUGACCCUCAUCCAGGUGCCGGACGAGCCCGACGGCUUCCUCAGCGCCGACCAGCUCAACUGGUCGAUAGCCGCCACGGCGCUGGGCGCCGUGCUGGGCAGCGUGCUGAGCGCACCGGUGCUGUUCAUCGUGGUAGGUGUGGUGCCCGCCGCACUUUGUCUCUUCGGUCUCGUCUUCCUGCCCAACUCGGCCAAGUGGCUGCUCUCGCGCAGCCACUCGGAGGAGGAAGCCUUGCGCUCCAUCCGGUUUUUCCGUGGCGCGCAGGUGGACGCCGCUGCCGAGGUGCGCACUAUUCACGAUUCACUGCAAGACGAGCGUGGAGACGGCGCCGCACUGCCCGUGUGGACCCUGCUGCGGCAGCGGGUCACGCUGCACCCGCUGCUGCUGGCCUCCGUCCAGAUGGUGUUAUACGUCUGGUGCGGCGGCGCCACGCUGGUGCUCAUCACCGCCUUCGUGCUGGCGCCUGUGCGGCUACCGCUAAGCGAGUACCAGCGAGCCACGCUGCCGGCCGCGCUCGUCUGCGUCCCCAGCGGCAUUAUUAUCGAGAGAUACGGACGUCUACCGGUGUUACGUCUGGGCGGCGCGCUCUCCACCGUCGGCUGCGCCAUGAUCGCCGCGUACUUCUUUCUCGCAGCGGAGUCGCAGGAGCGUCUCGGCUGGAUUGUGCUGGCGGGCGCAGCCCUGGCGGCGGUGGCCUAUGUUGGCUUGCUCGGCAAUGUCGCAUUCAGCUACGCCGCAGAGCUGCUGCCCAACAAGACGCGCACCUUGGCCUCAAACAUCGUCAUCACUGUCCUAACGUUCGCCUGCUACCCGACGGGACGGCCCCUCCGCGCGCCCUUCCGCCUGACGUGCUGGCGGUGCCGCUUCCGGGCCCAGGGUCGCGUUCGUCAGUGCGUGCUGGGCGACGCCCUGUGCGUGUUCGUCGUGCCGCAGCUCGUUUAG